AUGUCGCUACUACCACAUCCCAGUGCAGCUGCCGCCGGCUUUGCGACCUCCUUAAACCUGAUCCCCUCGUUCCCCCACCCCUGCACCUCUGCACCCACACCCCGUGACCUUCACUCGCUCGCCACCCCCCACCCUACCAUUCCACCGCCACCGAUUCCUUGCAGCCCGCGCCCCGCGCAAUCCAUAUCGAUCGCGCCUCUGUCACACUCGGGAAAGUUGAGCUCCCGCUGCGGAGGCGGAUAUCUUAGCGUAUUAAGUUUCGGUUCGAAAUCUCGAGGUAUGUAUGUAGAGGUGAUAUGUGGAUCGAGAGAGGCGGGAGGAACGCCUCGGCGCGCCCUCCGCUCCGGCCGGGGCGAAGCGCCGCCGAGGCACGAACUUCCCGAGGCAUGGAGACCCAUCGCCUAA